AUGGUCAUCAAGGUUCUCAAAAGUAAGAACGACCAAGUCUGUAAGGGCGAUGAAGUGAUUUUUCGGAAAUUUCUGGCCCUGCUUGUCCUGUCAAGCUUCUUAAGACGUACCUUGCACAUUUUUCCAUCCCCUCUAGCUCCAGGGAUCUCACUUUUAGACCCAUCUCUAGGGGGAAGAACUCCUUUAAGUUAGUUUGCCAGGACAAGCCUAUCAGCUAUACCACAAUUAGGGAGGCUUUUUGCAAAGACCUGAGAAGCGUCGGGGUUGACCCUUCCUCUUUUGGUUUUCAUUCCCUGCGUUCGGGAGGGGCCACUUCCGCUGCUAAUAAUGGGGUUAGUGAC